AUGGUGAGAUAUGUCCUCGAAACAGGUCUUCCUGUAGAACGAUUCUUAUGUUUUGUUUCAAAUCCAGGACAUAAAGCUUUAGAUUUGACUAAGGCCAUUACCAAUACUUUAAAAUCACACGAUAUUGACAUUUCUGACUGUCGAGGGCAAAGCUACGAUAAUGCUAGUAAUAUGUCAGGUCAAUACAGUGGAGUUCAGGGACGAAUAAAAGAAAUUAAUCCACUUGUUUAUUAUGUACUAUGUAGCGCACACUCGUUAAAUUUAGUUGGCAUAUCUUCUGCUGAAAGUUGCUCACAAGCAUCAAUGUUUAUUGGAUUUAUACAACAAUUAUACUACUUCUUUUCCGCAUCAACACAUAGAUGGUCAAUUUUGCAAUUAAAUAUGAAACAUAAUGCUAAUACAAUUAAGAGUUUAUCGAAUACUAGGUGGUCGGCUCGCGCAGACGCAUGUCGAGCAUUAUAUAAUUCGUGGGACAAAAUUAUUAAUGCAUUGGUCACUAUCGAGGAUGACAUUUUCGAAAAAUGUGCUACGCGAAAUGAAUCAAAUGGUCUUUAUAAUCAAAUGCAAAAAUUAGAAACAUCAUUUAUGUAUUUGAGAGAAAAAUCUUUACAUAUUGAAAUAUUUCCAAAUGUUGACACUGCAUUAAGAAUCUUCAUAAGUGUACCAGUUUCCAAUUGUACUACCGAGAGAUCGUUUUCAUGA